AUGGCCUCCUUUCUCUUCGCGACAGCCGCCGCUUGUUAUUCAGCAUCAAGUAUACGAGUCUCGUCAGCUCUCUUCUCGUGCAAGCAGGCUGCUGGAAGCCUUCAGCCAAACAUCGGCUGGGCGGCCCCGGUCGAAACAGAGACAGACGGCGACGGAUGUGACCAGCCGAUGGGAAAGUCUGGGGAAGAAAAGAUGGACGAGGCUGAGAAACGUUCCUCAUGCCAAUCUAUCUCAGAUAAGACAGUUUGGUUGCGCCUCAAACUCUACCGGUCUAAAAUAGCAACAUCUGAGAAACAACUAAACCGUCCAGCCAUCACGCUACGACUGAUCUUCCUCCGCGAUGCCCAAAUCCGGCAUGCAUUCGGACCCGACCUAGAGGCCAAAGCCAUACUCUGCGCUGCUACUUCCACGAAUGGCUCCGACGACAUGACAAGUGCGCCUACACUCUUGCCUAUCCUUCUCCGAGCGCCACGACGGACUCCAGAGAUCGUCCCUCCCAUUCCCCCUCACGCCCCCGUUGCAGAAGCUCUCAAAUCGUGUCGUCGUCCUCCAGCUGUUUUCCGCUUCCCAUCUCCCAUCUCAGCCCAGGCGCGAGUCCUAUUGCGGCGCCGGCUUGAGAAGCCAUAA